AUGGAAGCUACAUUCAACGACAAACAAGUCCCACCAUCCCAAGACGAUCAACGUCGUCUUGAUAACGCCGUUCGUGCCGAAAAGGGAGAAGAACAAGUCGGUGGAGAAGCAGGCCGUCAACAAGUCGGAAGCAAAGAUCCAUCUGAAUUUGACAACACCACCGGCGGACCUGGUUCAAAAGGUAACCAACCCGUUCAAGACCCAACCAUCUAA